AUGUCGGUAUUCACGUGUCUCGCGCAGCGCGCGGGAGGUUUGAGUAUGAUCGCCCUCAGUGCUCUCUGCUACUGGGUUGUCUCCCGGGACUCGUACCUCGAGCAGCAACAAUACAGCCACGAACAGCCCGGUGGCCAAGUCGCAUAUCACUCUCCAAUGUCGACAAUAGGCGCAGGCUCUUGGACUUAUGUCUUCGCAUACUACUGCCUUUUUGUCCACAUUCUCGUUUGCAUCUUUCCUCUCCGCGCGUGCUGGACAAUAUGGAAACUCACGCAGUCUAUGAAACGAGCGGCGCGUAGUGAUUCGUUACUCGAUUUGAAGAAACUUGCUUCACGUCGUGAUUCAUACGCUUCAGCUUCGAGUUCCGAAACUCUUAUAUCCAGUCGCAUCAGCACUAGCUCCUCUACAGCCAGUGAAGCUGGCGAUUGCGAUCCCGAAUUCUACACGGAUGGUGUCCCCGGGGCCAACGACAACGUGGUUCAUGUUAUCAUCAUUCCAAACUAUAAGGAAGAGGUUGACACACUGAGAGAAACACUCGACGUACUGGCAUCUCAUCCGCAAGCUCACUACUCCUACGAUGUAUAUCUUGGUAUGGAACAACGAGAGGACACCGCCGAGUCAAAAGCUCUCGGUCUGAUUCAGGAAUUUGUAAAAAAGUUCCGAUCUAUUGAUUUUACUCUUCAUCCGACAGAUAUCCCCGGGGAAGCUGCUGGCAAGGGAAGCAAUAUUGGAUGGGUUGCUCGUAAAUUGAGCGAGAAGUACCCAGCAACAACCAGGGGUAACAUCAUUGUUACUGGUAUCGAUGCCGACAGUCAUCUUUCGUCGAAUUACUUUACAAUUCUGACAAAUAUGCACUUGUCGUACUCGGCAACAGCACUGACGACCGUUUAUUCGGCUCCUAUGAUUUUUGAUCGAAACGCGCAUUCUGUCCCAGCUGUCGUUCGUGUUGCCGAUAUUUUAUGGGGCGCUGCUGGAAUGUCUGGCUUGUAUCCUGGCUCUUCUAUCGCACCACCUACCUCAGUUUACUCCCUUCCACUUAAUCUUGUCGAUCGAGUUGGCGGGUGGGAUUGCGGCAGCGAAGCUAUUGGUGAAGAUCUGCACAUGUAUAUCAAGUGCUUCUUCGCUCUCAACGGUAACCUGACGAGUCGGGUCAUAUACAGCCCUGUAAGCCAGAGCAACGUGACUGGUGGUGGCGGCCUUUGGAAAGAUGCCCGAGCUCGUUACAAGCAGGCUCUCCGUCACAUGUGGGGCGCUCUUGACACGGGUUUCGCUCUUUGUAAACUUGUUCAGCUAUGGAAAGAUCGGAAGCAAACCAGUCGAGCCUACCAGCCGCUUCAUUACACACUCUCAGAUACCAACAAUGUCGCCAUUCCCGAGACUUACAUGAAUGAUGAGCAAAGUGGUCAUCCUUACGUCGACAAUGGGAUAUUUUCUAGUAUUCAAAAGGAUACUGUCGAGCAACCUCAUUGGGAGCGCCUCUUCUACAUGAUGCAUCGGCUUUUCGAAGCACAUUUUCUCCCAGUCCACAUGGCCAUUCUGGUUGUUGCUUCGGCGCUGUAUGUCAAGCUUACAGAAAACAACAAUGACCCAAGGAACCUGGCUUGGAUUUUUAGCUGGUGUAACGUUAUCCGCAUCUAUGGUUUCUUCCAGAUUGCAAUAUACGUGUCUUUAUACGAGAGUUACCACCAGGCAGGAGUAUCAAGUCGCGAGAGGGAAAUGGUCAAAGCUGGUCUGGCUGAUGGGAUGGACUUUUCCAGGCGAUCUCUUAAGAAAAACUGGCAUGAUUACCUUGCCAUUCCGAUUGUCGCUCCAUUAUAUGGUACCAUUCCUAGUGCGCAGGCUCUGAUCUGCCAGCUUUGGGAUCAGGAUCUUGUUUAUACCGUGAGCAAGAAGGUGACUAGGCGACAGACACCUGCCAUCAAAGUGGACGAUAUGGCGUAA